CAUCUUCCCCUCGUCCUCAUAAACAGUAUUUUGCCGAGUCAGCACAUAGGUGUGACGUGACACACCCCCGCGCUUCGUUGUAGUUAUGGCGCUACGAGAACUGAAGAUAGAGCUCGAGCUAAGGUGUUCUUCCGAUGACACUGUUACGCAACAGACCCUCCUGUUCAGCCCAAUUCCAGAAACCGUAGCCGACAUCAAGCAGCGAAUUGAACAAGAGCUCUCCAUCCCCAAAUCGUGCCAGAGUCUCUUCCUUCCGGCCGGCGCCGACGACGCGCUUCUCGAUACGGAGAGCGUGGCCAGUCUUUACGUACGCAGCGGCGACGCAGUUCGAGUUGCCUACUUAGACAAGGCGGACAUCGUGCAGAUACGGAGCGCCGUCGAGCGCUCCCUUCGUCCCGUGCGGCGGCUCCUUCAAGCGAACUCCUCGCUCGAGAAGGCCAGAAAGAUCCUGAAGCGACGAGACUCCGACGCCCUCCUCGCCUCGUGCCAGAGCGCCCUGCAUGAACUGAGCUACAAGAGCCUCCUGCCAUGGGGCGCGUCUCGCACCGAAGCCAACCGGCGCUACAUGCUGCAAGAAGGCGUGGUAGACCUGGUGAUGGAUAUCUACGCUAUCUUGCUCCCCUUGCCGUGGGACUGGAGGGGCCACUCGCUCCAGAACCUGGAGAUUUGCUGCCUAACGUUCCUGUGGAACUUUUCCGAAACAAGGAAUGCGCGACAGCUGGUGGUCGGCAAGGGGGGAUUUGACAUGAUGCUCAAGUCUCUGAUGCACCAGUCAAGCGAGGAGUUUCUGGAGAAAUACGUAAUGCACGACAUAUUUGAUGUUGCCGUCGGAUGCCUUUCAAACAUAUGUGAGUUGGAGUGCUGUCAAGCGCCUAUGUCUAAGAACACGCCGGCUCUCCAACGCCUCCUCCACUUUGCUCUUCACGGUCCCUCCGUCAACCUCUUCACCAAAAUGCUCAUUGCCAACCUCUUCUUUCGUCUCUCACACGGUCGCGACACGCACGAGUCUCUCGUGGAAAAAUCAAUCCUGGAAAAGUUGCUCCGUUUUGCUUCCGACAGCACCAAUGUCUUGAUAAGGUAUAUCCUAGGAUUGACGUACGCUCGGCUCAUUCUCUUCUCGCGGGACAGCCUUGACCAAGAGAGUCUGCAGCAAAUGAUUGAGUUCAUGAAGCAAUUUCUGCUACAACUGAAGCCGACCACUGUGACCCAGCUAGAAGAACGCUACCAGUACAACUGGAUCACAAUGCGUCCCUUUGUGGAUGCAUUUUACAGCUAUGGAGUGGAAACAGCGAAACUGAGCAACUCGCGUUUACAUAAAUCGCAGCCUUCUGAGACUUGCACUGAAGAAUCAACUUUACCCUCGGUUCCAGUGUCCUCCCUUGCAACUAGUGUUAGCAUUGCGUACCUCUUGUUUGCUCUGAAGGUUGAGACGGGAAGGACUAUAAACACUGAGCUGCUGGUACGCCAGGACUUGCUGGAGUAUGUAACGAUGCUGGACUGGGGAUUGGACCGUGGGUGGAUGACCCAGUGUGUGCAGCUGCAGGAACAAGUCACGAAAGUCUGCGACAAGCUCCCAGUCCCACGGCUCUCUCAGAUUGCAAGGGCGAAGCUAGCACGCAGUGCGAAAGAGUACUCUGGACAGAUAACGUCAUAGUUUGCUAUAAUAUACAAUGCAUUUCAUGCUCUAGUCAGGUUAUUCAAGAUGGCUGGUUUGUCAGAAGUAUGAAAUCUUAGGGCACUCACUGCUUCUUCAGCUAUAGUCUCAGGGAUAACGAUAAUACACAUGAGCUAAUCGUCAAUGGGUAAACCCCAGAGAGGUAUAUAUGUGGGUAAACCUCAGAGAGGUAUAUAUGUGGGUAAACCCCAGAGAGGUAUAUAUGUGGGUAAACCCCAGAGAGGUAUAUAUGUGGGUAAACCCCAGAGAGGUAUUAUAUGUGGGUAAACCCCAGUAGGGAAGGGAUACAUAGCAAGAUGUAAAACUUGCAGCUAAGCAGUGGCAACAUACGACAACUGACAAAUUAUUACACUGCAUAAUUGCUAUUAUCCCUCUGUGAUAUGGCUUCCUUCCUCCGUCAUUACCAUAGGAUCAUAUGCGGACAAGAAGAUGAAAAUAGGGUUCACACUACUUUCAAUAUUUACACUCUCUGCAAUGUUCACAGUUGGAGAGGGAGUCUCAGAGCUCCUCAAAAACAGAAAAACCCUCGUGUGCCACGAACUGGAUCUAUUCACUCAUGGAGGAAUGGUUUUUCUAUUCACAACGUCCAUUAUUUUCGCAACUGUGUAUUUCUUGAUAUACCUGAUGUACUUGCUUGGCCUUUCCAAACGCUGGGAUUUCCCAUCCAAGAAGUCAUUCUAUCGCUAUGCCAUGGUGCUGUCGCUGAUCAAUAUCCUGCAAGCUAUUGGUAGCAUGCUGUGGUACACCGGGAGGAAUAGACGAGCAAGUGGAAGUGCUGGAAUAUGCAUUACAUCGCUAACUAACUUUGUCUAUCUCACAACAUUUGCACCCGUCGUAUAUUGGAUCUUCCUCAAAAACUACUUCAGAAUGAACAAAUUACCACCUACUGAAAGACCAGGUGAAACAACACCAGCUAUCAAUACGUCAGAAGAGCCAAGUCCAACCACUAAGAAACGGUCCACCAGCGUGCGGUUUUCCAAGCCCUACCUUAUCUCCAAAAGAAGCAGCUACUUUGAAGAGCAAACAAUGUUGGAAGGAGAUCUGGAGUCUUCUGUCAGUUCCUACGGUAGCUUCAGAGACGAGGAAACUUUUUCCAGAUUAGACAAAUGAUAUUUUAUACCACACGUCA